CACUCUCCCCGACUCUUCCCUUCUCAUCUUUACCUUGAGAGAAACUAUAUUGAUAUCGCCUUGAUCAGUACCAGUACUUCUUCUAGCUCGUUGUAGGAUUUUCUUGGACAGUACUGGUCGAGCUCUUUCACAGCUACCAUAUUCAUAUUGCGGAGGAUCGAGUACUGCUAAAAGGAAGGAAAAAAGAAAAAUUAUCAAUUGCACCUAAGUUAAGACACACUAUGCCUCGCAGAUAUGCAUUUGGGAAGGCUGAUGAGGCCACCCGCCCUGACGCCAUGAGAGCCGCUUUGGCUGAAUUGGUCUCCACUUUUAUCUUUGUAUUUGCUGGCGAAGGCUCUAUUCUUGCUCUCGAUAAGUUAUACAAGGGAACUGGGCCACCAGCUUCAGGGCUGCUGGUGGUCUCACUUGCACAUGCAUUGGCACUGUUUUCUGCUGUGGCAUCCAGCAUUAACAUAUCAGGUGGCCAUGUAAACCCUGCUGUUACCUUUGGCUCACUUGUUGGUGGCCGGAUCUCGGUUAUUCGAGCAGUCUCUUAUUGGGUUGCUCAGCUCUUGGGUUCUAUUUUCGCUGCUCUCUUGUUGAGGCUUGUCACCAAUGGCUUGAGACCAACUGGAUUUCAUGUGCAAUCAGGGGUUGGAGAGGUGCAUGGGCUUCUAUUGGAAAUGGCACUGACAUUUGGACUGGUAUACACAGUGUAUGCAACAGCUAUUGAUCCCAAAAGGGGAAGCUUGGGGAUCAUUGCACCUCUAGCAAUUGGGUUCGUUGUUGGGGCAAACAUCUUGGUUGGUGGUCCAUUUGAUGGAGCAUCAAUGAACCCAGCAAGAGCAUUUGGGCCUGCUCUAAUUGGGUGGAGAUGGAGGAACCAUUGGAUCUACUGGGUUGGUCCUUUCCUUGGAGGAGGCUUGGCAGCCCUCAUAUAUGAGUACAUUGUGAUUCCAGCAGAGCCAGUAGCUCACCAUACUCAUCAGCAUCAGCCCUUGGCUCCUGAAGAUUACUAGUCCUCUUCCUUGAUCAAAUUUGCUUCAUGUAUUGUCAGUAAUUAUCUUGACCUUGUUUCGUUUGUUCUGUGUUUUUCUCUUUCUCUGCCUUUUGGGUCUGGAACAUCGUGAUUGUGAAGAGUUUGUCUUUUGUUAAGGGUUCCCUAGAUCAUGAAUAACGAUGUUUGGAAAUAAAAGAAGUGCCAGACACUUU